CCUGACCCUGGGGUUCACAAUGCGGCUGGCUCUGCGAGGGUCCCGGAGGAGGACCAAGAGGCAUCUCCGGAAGGACUAGCCCAGCUCGGCCCCUCCCCACUCUCUCUGGCAGCCCCACCCCCAGCCUCUGGGAACGUUGAUCUGAACAGUGGUGGACACACUGACCGGCUGCUGCAAGUCACCAUGGACCCUGAAGGCAUUCAGCUUCUGCUACCCUCUACAACCCUAGCAGCCCUGGCAAACAGCUGGCUACAGGAAGACUGCCCAAGCCUCAAUUUUGCAGCCUUGGUCACCGGGUCUGCUCCUGCACAGGCUGCGCUGUGGGCCAAAUCUCCGGGGGUUCUGGCUGGGCGACCUUUCUUUGAUGCCAUCUUUACCCAACUCAACUGCCAAGUGUCGUGGUUCCUCCCAGAGGGAUCGAAGCUGGUACCUGUGGUCAAGGUGGCAGAAGUCAGGGGACCUGCCCACCUUCUGCUGCUGGGGGAACGGGUGGCCCUUAACACCCUGGCCCGCUGCAGUGGGAUUGCCAGCAUGGCUGCGACAGCUGUGGAGGUGGCCAGGAGCACUGGCUGGAAUGGACAUGUGGCCGGCACGAGGAAGACCACUCCGGGGUUCCGACUGGUGGAGAAGUAUGGGCUCCUAAUAGGUGGGGCUGCAGGCCACCGCUAUGACUUGGGAGGGCUGGUGAUGGUCAAAGACAACCACGUGAUGGCAGCCGGCAGCGUGGAAAAGGCGGUGCUAAGGGCCCGGCAGGCAGCAGAUUUUGCUCUGAAGGUAGAGGUGGAAUGCAGCAGCUUGAAGGAGGCCUUGCAGGCAGCAGAGGCUGGGGCUGAUCUGGUACUGCUGGACAACUUCAAGCCUGAGGAGCUGCACCCCACAGCGGCUGCACUUAAAGCCAAGUUCCCUGGUGUGGCCGUGGAAGCCAGUGGGGGCGUCACCCUGGGCAACAUCCCACAGUUCUGUGGGACCCACAUUGAUGUAAUUUCAUUGGGGAUGCUGACCCAGGCUGCCCCGGCCCUGGAUUUCUCCCUCAAAUUGUUUGCUGAAGGGGAUACUCCAGUGCCUCAUACCCGCCGGUCCUAAAGCUGAAGAUGCUACCAGCAAGCAUUACUCUGGUUUAUUGGCCCCCUCAGGUCGCACAUCUUUAGGUUCAGAGACCAACAAGACUUGCCUGACACCAGAGCUUCCCGAUAGCUUGUGUGACCUGCCAGGGCUGACUUUGAUUUUGAUUGCCUCAGUUUACUUAUCUGUAAAA